AGACGCGCAGCGUGUCUCCUCAGCAGCUCCGGGAGAGAAGAAUGGGAGAGGGAAUGGGAUUGUAUAUGUAGACGAGGCGACGUGUGAAAACAUGAGGAUAACAGGCUGUUUUUAACUAGAUUCAUCUUUUAAACAGAUAAUUACACAUAUCCUAUCAGGGGGUUUUCGGCUUUGUGUCCCUGAGGGCAGGGAUAUUGGCUCUCCCAUUGGAGAACACAGGAGAGAAGAGAACCCUCUUUGUGAAUCCCAUUUGACUAGGAUAAAAACCCCGUCAUAAGAGUGGAGUGGAGUGGUGGUUUCGUCUGACCUUUAACCUCAGUGGGAAGGAGAGAAAGCCACUUCAGAGAUGGACCAGGUGUCAGACGAUGAGUUGGACCACGGAGCCGAGGAGGACAGCGAUAAGGAGGACCAGGACCUGGACAAGAUGUUUGGAGCUUGGCUGGGAGAGCUGGACAAGCUUACACAGAGUCUGGAUGACGGCAAGCCUCAGAAACCGCUGCAGAAGCCUCCUCUCAGGCAGGAGACAAACAUGGCCAACUUCUCCUACCGCUUCUCAAUGUAUAACAUAAACGAGGCGUUGAACCAGGGCGACACCGUGGACCUGGAUGCCCUGAUGGCUGACCUGUGCUCCAUUGAACAGGAGCUCAAUACCAUUUCCAAACCAAACUCUGCGGCGCGCGGCCAGAACAAAGGCCAGCAGCGGGGCCCUGGGGGGCGCAGUGCCAGCACCAAGCACACAGGCACCAGUGGAGGGGGAAGCAGCGGAGGAAGCACGAGUAGCAGUACCCGAGCAUCGCCGGCCAACACAGUACGAGGCGGCAGCGUCAACACCCGCCCCGCGGCCUCCAACAUUUCCCUGGAUGACAUCACCUCUCAGCUGGAGAGGGCCUCUCUCAGCAUGGAUGAAGCGGCUCGUCAGACGUCUUCCUCCUCUUCCUCCUCUUCUUCUUUCUCCUCCACCACGCUCCGUCGGCCCUCAUCGGGGUCGUCCGGCGGCGGCGGUGGCAGCAGCGGGCAGCACAGGAGGACGGGCUCAGUGGGCGCGGUCAGCGAGCAGGAAGCUCCAUCCCAGCGGUCCAGUGUAAAUUCAGCAUGUGCCUCAGCGUCCAGCAUGGACUCCCUGGACAUCGAUAAAGUGAUGGCGGGCGGAGAGGUGGAGGGCCAGAGCAGCCCGAGCACACAAGGACAGAACCAGGCCAGCACAGAGCACUCCUAUCUGGACCGAGAAACCUCACUCAUUCUGAAAAGCAUAGCAGGAAAGCCUUCUCACCUCCUGACCAAGGAGGAACAAGCUGCCAAAUUGAAGGCAGAGAAGAUCCGAGUCGCCCUGGAAAAAAUUAAGGAGGCACAGGUCAAAAAGCUGGUGAUCAGGGUCCACAUGUCAGACGAGAGCUCCAAGACGAUGAUGGUGGAUGAGCGGCAGACAGUCAGGCAGGUGCUGGACAGCCUGCUGGAUAAGUCCCACUGUGGCUACAGCCCUGACUGGUCUCUGGUGGAAACCAUCAAUGAGCUACAGAUGGAGCGUAUAUUCGAGGAUCAUGAAAACUUGGUGGAGAAUCUUUUAAACUGGACCCGGGACAGCCACAACAAGCUCAUGUUCAUCGAACGCAUCGAGAAAUAUGCUCUUUUCAAGAACCCCCAGAACUAUUUGCUGGGGCGGAAGGAUACAUCCGAAAUGGCUGACAGAAACAAAGAGGCUUUAUUAGAGGAGUGUUUCUGCGGCGGCUCGGUGUCUGUGCCAGAGAUCGAGGGCAUCCUGUGGCUGAAGGAGGAUGGGAAGAAGUCGUGGAAGAAACGCUACUUCCUCCUCAGAGCUUCAGGGAUCUACUACGUCCCCAAAGGCAAAGCCAAGGCUUCCAGAGAUCUCGUGUGCUUCCUGCAGCUGGAUCAUGUUAACGUGUAUUACGGACAGGACUACCGCAGCAAAUACAAGGCUCCUACUGACUACUGCCUGGCCCUGAAGCAUCCACAAAUCCAGAAGAAGUCCCAGUACAUCAAGUAUCUGUGCUGUGAUGAUGUCAGGACCCUGCACCAAUGGGUGAAUGGAAUUCGCAUCGCCAAGUACGGCAAGCAACUAUAUGUGAACUACCAGGAAGCCAUGAAGAGGACAGAGGCGGCCUACGAUUGGUCCUCUCUCUCUACCGCCAGCAUCCGAUCAGGCUCCAGCUCUGCCAGCAUACCUGAGUCCCAGUCUAAUCACUCAGGCCAUUCAGACAGUGGAGUGGAAACAGGCUCUUCUCAUGGCCGGUCCCAGAGUGUGGUGAGCUCCAUUUUUUCUGAGGCCUGGAAGAGAGGUACCCAGAUCGAGGAAAGCUCCAAGCAUAUGAGAAUGGAGGCAUCCAGAGGGGCCACUCUGCCGCAUGGUUCCCACAGUCAUCGGCAUCACAGCCAGCAUUCAGCUGAUCACCCAGCCCUGACGCCCCCUCCCCAACUUCAAGUGCAGCCUCAGCAACAGCCCCCACCCCAGCAACAGCCCCCACCGCAGCAACAGCCCCCACCGCAGCAACAGCCCCCACCGCAGCAACAGCCCUCACCGCAGCAACAACCCUCAGCGCAGCAACAGCCCCCACCGCAGCAACAGCCCCCACCGCAGCAACAGCCCCCACCGCAGCAACAGCCCCCACCGCAGCAACAGCUCCCACCACAGCAACAGCACCGGCAACAGCAACAGUACCUGCAACAGCACCUGCAACAGCAACAGCAACAGCACCUGCAACAGCAACUGCAACAGCAUCUGCAACAGCAACAGCACCUGCAACAGCAACAGCACCUGCAACAGCAACAACACCUGCAACAGCACCUGCAACAGCAACAGCAACAGCACCUGCAACAGCAGCAUCACCUGCAACAGCACAUGCAACAGCACCUGCAACAACACCCACCACAGCAACAGCAACAGUACCCACCACAGCAACAGUACCCACCACAGCAACAGCAACAGUACCCACUACAGCAACAGUACCCACCACAGCAACAGUACCCACCACAGCAACAGUACCCACCACAGCAACAACACCCAUCAAUGCACCCCCAGACACCGACCCAGCAACAACACCAGCACCUGCCUCCCCAGCAGCAUCAUCCUCCUCAACAGGCCCCACCACCUCAGUAUUCGCAGCGCCCUCAGCAGUCACCACAGUCUCCACAGCUGCAGACCAUCAGCAACUACAACCACAUGCCCCCACAGCAGCCACAGCUGGCUCCUCCCCCUCCGCCCCCCCCUCCGCCGCCUCCUCCCCCACCCCCAGUUCAAAUAGUGUCAAACUACUCGCCGGCUCCCACCAUGUACAAGUACAGCACCAUCACCAGGCUGCAGAACCAGAAAGCCGCCCAGUCUGCCAAUCACCAGAGGCUGCCCGGUCACCUCCGUGCAUUAGGUCAUCAAGUUCUCCCCGUAGCUGCUACACCAAUGCAGAUCAAACCCAAUGUGAAUCACAUUGCGGCAAGGACUAAUGUCCCGCCUCCCCCCCCACCUCCUCCUCCCCCUCCACCGUCCAUGCCAACCCCUGGUUCAGCCAUGGCUGUGUUAAAGCUGGGCCCUCCCAGCCCAGCUGCGCCGCCUGCCUUUAUUCCUCCACCGCCACCUCCACCUGCUCCACAGUCCAAUGGAGUAACAUUCCCUCCCCCUCCUUCUCCCCCACCACCCCCUUCUGCACCAGCUCCAAUGAGCCAGCCUAUUUACCCCAACGGGUUGAAGGAAAGGUUUCCCAGCCCGCCGCGGGACCUCCUCUCUCCAAAUGGGGUCCUUGAGGAGUCUCCGCCACCUGACCCCGCUCCGCCCCCCCCUCCUCCACCUCCACCUCCGCCGCCACCUCCUCCUCCUCCCCAGCAGUUCCCGGUACCGGCCCAGUUCCCACCUCCUCCUGCACCGCCGCCAGCGCCACCCAAAACCUUCACCCCAGGCUUUGUCCCAAAUACUGCCCCCAAACCCGUGUCACCUGUCUCUCCAUUUCCUCCUGCCCCACCUCCUGCUGCCCUGGGUGGCCCGACCCCACCGCCUCCUCCACCCCCACCUCCACCUGCACCCCUCAAGAAGCAGUUCGGCUUUCAGGCAGGCCACAACUCCGGCCAUCCCCCUCCGACUUUCCCCAAGCAACACAGCUUGUCUAAACAAACGGGAGCCGCUCCUGCCAUGUCUCUGGUGAAACAACUAGCCAGUCAGUUUCCUGGAGCUUCAUCCUCAGUAGCCAAUCACACAGAGAGCCCCAAAGCCCCCCUCUCCCCACCUGCAGUCAAGACCAAACCAAGAUGGCAGCCUGGAGGUGGCCAACAGCUACAGUCUCCAGAGUUCCCUCCUCCUCCUCCAGACGGAAACGCUGGCUUCCCUGCCCCUCCUCCUGCCCCUCCUCCUGCCCCUCCUCCUGCCCUUCCUCUUGCCCCUCCUCCUGCCCCUCCUCCUGCCCCUCCGCCACCUCCCCCAGCCCCUCUCAUGGGCCCGACUCCACCUCCUCCUCCCCUCCCUCCUGGAAACCUGGGCUCCCCCUUGAGGAGGUCACCCUCUGGGUCCUCCAAUUUCGGAUGCAAGAAACCCCCUCCUGCUCCGCAGAGGAACUCCAGCACCAAGUUCAACGCCUCAGCGUCUUAUGAGGAAUCCAGGAGGAACUUGCUCAGCAAGUUUGCUCCCCAUAACAGCGGCCCUCCUUCCUCCCCGUGUCCCACCUCCUCCUCCACGGGAUCCCCUUCCAAGGAACCUUCAACUGGACCCCCUGCUCCUCCAAAACCAGGCAAGCUCAACCUGGCCAACCUGCCCUUGGCACUCCAGUCCAAAGUGAGCCAGGUAAAGCAAACAAGUGGUGGCUUCCCUUCCCCUCCACCUGAGUGCGCCUACUUCCCACCUCCUCCCGCGGCCUCUGAUCUCUUCCCCCCUCCACCACCUCCUGGUAGUGACUCCCACAGUGGAGGACCUCCUCGGGUAGCCGUGGUCAACCCUCAGCCCCAGGCUCCCCCUCCUCCUCCGCCCGUCCCCCUUGUCAGCAACUUGUCAUGGGGGAAGAGCUCACUGAAAAAGACUGCUCCACCCACACUUGUGCGGCGCAGUAACACCACCCCGGAGCCCCCUCCACUCUCACCACCUCCACCCACCUCACCAAAAGGCAGCUCAGGCCAGCCCAAUUUCCUGGAUGAUCUCCACCGGACACUGAAGCGAAAGUCCGUUGGUCGCCAGGGUUCUCUCAACUCGGCCGGCCUCAUGGGCAAGAUGGACCCUGUGGGGACAAUGGAUGACAUGGCGCUGCCUCCUCCGCCCCCUGAGCUGCUCCUGGACCAAGGCAAGCAAAGCAACGGAGGAAAUGGCGGCUACAUGUCCGGAAACAUCUCAGGCUAUGCAACGCUACGACGAGGACCCCCACCUGCACCACCCAAACGGGGGGACACUACCAAACUUACUUGAGUGUUGAACUUCGAGAUCAGGACACUAUAAAGAUGGAUGAAUAGACAAUGAAAGAAUAAUAUGGAAGUGAACAUUCAUUAGUGAAAUGGGAGCGAAUUCCUGAAUUCCUUCUGUCCUCUUGGGACCACAAUGAUGAAUUGAUGACUGUGUAAAUACUAAAACACAAAUCAGACCAUGGUCUAUUAGUGUUUGCUCAUUAUUGACAGUUGUUUAACAUGCUUGGCAUUCUGGAUCGGUGGGGUUUACAUUAUUGGGACAAUUAAGACUGGAGCAGGUAAGUUUGAGGUCACAGAAAAGUAAAACGGUCUUUUAAUUUUCUGCGAUUGUCUAAACUCUCUGGAAGACAUUGUAUGGUAAACCCCACCACUCUGGUACACCAAGCAGAUUUAAAUAAACACUAAUAAGAAUCGUGCGAAUAUUACUGGAUCCAGGUCUGAGCCAAACCAUGUUAUCCGCUUCUUUGCCAUAAGUUUGUGCCACGUAAUGGAGACAAAAAAUACGAAAACACAUCAGGAUCUUUCUGCUCGGUACUGCAUGGACUUCAUGUAAGAACAAGCUGUAAAAACAUGGAGCUGUUCUGGUGUGUGUGCAUGAGUGAGAGAGAUAAACUGAGACUGGAUAUGCAUACAUGCAUCGUGAGCAUGCAUGUAUGUAUGAUUAUACGGUGGGGAAGUAGUUAACCAUUAGGGAAGGCCUUCGUGGAGCGGGGAUAGUUAGGUUUGCUUUUAUAUCAAAUUAUUUAAUGAUCGAUAAAUGGAAGGAUUUUUUUUUAAUAUAAGUCUGUCUUUUAAUAGCUGGUCAACAAAGUCUAGGGAGGAACAAAACAUUAGGGCACAAUGGAAUGUAUAUGGAAAGGUGUAAUUGAAAACAUGAAUUACACACAUGAAGUCAAAAACCAUUAACUUUCAAAUCUGUCAACUCAAACAUUUCUAGACUGUGGCACCGCUUGGCAAAUGCAAAUCAGAAGGAAGCCUUAUCCCCAAAGUCUUGCACAGAGGUCAAAGCAGAAAGAUUUCUGGACUGUGCAACAGAAAAAAUAAAACACUUUUACGCUUUUCUUUAUUUAAUGGACUGUAAAUGGAGGAGGAGGUCUGUGAUGGUGUUCCUUCGUGGACUGAGAGAGUUCCCCCGUGCAUUGGCUUGAUUUUGGACCUUAUCCUUCAGUUUGUAUCUGUACAGUUGCAGCUGCUACUCCGUUAGUCCCCGCCGCCUUCUAAAGUCACACGGUAUCAGGAAGUAGAAUGUACAGGUUGGAUUCAGUCCUGUGAAGUAUACUAGUCUUAUCCACACAAGGUUGAGAAAAAAAAAGAUACAUUUGUCUGGUUAAUGUACAGAGCGUUAAAUCAUGUAGUCAAUAACAGAAAUCAUCUGAGUGGCAUUAGACUGAAUGUUGCUUUGUGCGUCUCUCGUAUCUUGUUCAUGGUGCGUCGGUGCACAGGGGGCUAAAGGUCAUGUCUUGAUUCUGCACCUACAGAGUGGAUCAUGAAGGGUUUAUAUCUUGCAACAAUGCCUUCAUUUUCAGGGUGCUAGUGCUGUCUUUCAACAACCUCAUCGUCAACGCGUCCUUGUUUGCCAGGAUGACAUAUCAUUAAUAUUUCAGACCGUUUAAACUGGUUUUAAAUUGGAUUUUUGUGUGGAACAUGUGUGCUUGAAGUGUCAUGAAGAUUUCCACACAAGCCCCCGUUUAACAUGCUAUUCUUUUGUCCUGCUCUGCCACUUGAAGGCAGAGUACCAUUUCUUAUAACUGAGUAUCAUUGUCUUUUAACAGGAUGUUUGCUACAGUACAGUAUGUAAGUUAUUGAUGUGCUGAUGUGAUCAUGUGGGGCCAAGUGAAAUGAAGAAAAACGGUUGCAGAUGUGUCCUCUUGCAUAUAAACUGAAAAUCACAAUAUAAAUGUUCAAACAAGACCUCAA